AUGUCAGCUGAGGCAAGCUCGAGCAGGAACAAUGGUUCAGCAGGUGGAGUGAGCAUUGCAAACGUAAACGGUGCUGGACCUUCGAGCUUUGCAGAAGCACAGGAUUAUAUUCCAUUCGACUUUGGAGAUGAAGAAGAGGAACAAGAACAACCCGUAGAGACUAUCAAAGGAAAAGAUGAAAAGGGCAAAGAUAAAGGUACAAAGAAUGAAGACCCCGAAUCCAAAGAGAGUGGGAAGAAGAGAAAAAGGGAUACUGAGAAACCAGAACCGCCCAAAUCAUCUAAUCAACGCAAAAAGGAAAAGCGACAAAUGAUCUCCGGAACGCCUUGGUCAGCAGACGUGGAUUUCGAUCGCUGUUUGAACGCUGCAGAAGCUUUACAUAACGAGCUAAUCGCAUUCGCCGACUGGAUUUCGCCUACAGAACAGGAACACGAAUGUCGUCGAUUGGUCGUCCAACUAAUCCGACGUGCAAUCGUACGUGAAUGGCCAGAUGCUCAUCUUGAAGCUUUUGGAAGUCAAAAUACACAGCUGUACAUGCCUUCAGGAGAUUUGGACUUGGUUGUCGUCUCGCAAUCAAUGGAAACUCAAAGAAAAGAAAAUGUUUUGCGUAAGAUGGCUGCCGUGCUUCGAAGACAUAAUUUGGCAAUGGAUGUGCAGGUUAUCGCUAAAGCAAAGGUACCGAUUGUCAAAUUCGUUUGUGUACAUGGCAAGCUCAAAGUGGAUAUCAGUAUCAAUCAGACAAACGGAAUUGAAGCUGCCAACUAUAUCCGAGGCUGGCUGGAUCGUUUGCCUUCUAUUCGACCGCUCAUUAUGGCCGUAAAGCUGCUACUCGUACAACGUGGUUUGAGUGAGGUAUUCUCUGGGGGCUUGGGCAGCUAUAGUGUCAUUUGUUUGGUGAUCAAUCACUUGCAAAUGCAUCCAAAGAUCCAACGUGGCGAAUUGGAUCCGGCAUUGAAUCUUGGUAUUCUCUUUUUGGAAUUCUUGGAAUUGUAUGGUAGGAAUUUUGGGUAUGAUAAUGUGGGCAUCUCCAUUCGUGGAAGAGGAAAUUAUUUCACAAAAGUCUCUCGUGGUUGGCGCGAUGAUCGACGACCGUAUAUGCUGAGUAUCGAAGAUCCUUUGGAUCCUGCCAACGAUAUCUCCAAAGGAUCAUACGCCAUCAUUUCUGUUCGUCAGGCAUUUGCAGGGGCUUUUGAUAUUCUAUCUGCAGCCUUAUCGCAAAAGGCAAAUGAAAUAAAAAAGAGGAAAGCAGCCGAGCAUUGGGGAGAUGGCGUAAAUCCAACUGAUGAGGAUGAAGAAGCAAGAGCUGCUAUCCUGAACGUGGCCAGAAACCCAUCUUCAUCCAACAAAGAUCCGCAUAGUUUGCUGGGCUCAGUGAUUGGAAUUCCACACGAAAUGUUCAAAUCAAGACGAGAUCUUGAAUCACUUUGGCAAAGUGGGAUUAUGCAGAAUAAGCUAGGACGCAAACCGCCUGCAGUCGGAUCUCCUGAGCCAUCC